AUGCAAAUCAAAGGUGUUCUUGCCGUGGUUCUAGCCAUGUCGGGCGUUGCAUUCGCCGCCCCAUGGCAGAUCGCCUUGAAGCCCAAGGCAAGCAGCACCGCAGCAGCCCCAGUAGCAGAGGCAACUGCGGCGCCACCUGUGGCACCCCCACUACCCCCACCUCCACCACCACCACCAACCGGGAAGGCAGCUGUCGGAGUCCAUGGACCACCAACAGGCGUGAUAAGACUAUCCACUCCACACCAUAAGGCUGUAACGGACCUGUUCAGGACUGGGGCUUUGCCUCCAAAGGCUCCAAAGGUCCCUCCUGCAUGA